CAAGUUGCGAUGUUUGACACGGAACGUAGAGAGUCUCGAUUUGAUCAGGAAAACAAGGAAAUUUUGGACUUUGCAAAGAUAUGAGCUGAACAAAAUGAGUGCCAGCGUGGAGGAAGAGUUCCAGUUGAUGUCCAAGGACCCGAAAUAUCGCAGUUACACGGCGGCUGUUGAUAAGGCGCUCAAAUCCUUUGAGUUCACGUCAGAAUGGGCCGACUUAAUCUCCUCCCUGGGCAAACUGACCAAAGUACUUCUAGCGCACACGAAAUUUCAGGUCGUGCCGAAGCGAAUAAAAAUUGGCAAGCGCUUGGCGCAAUGUCUGCAUCCAGCCCUGCCAUCCGGGGUGCACCUGAAGGCUCUCGAGUGCUACGAUGUGAUUCUCAAGUGCAUGGGCACUGCCCGCCUAAGUCGCGACCUGUUCGUCUGGGCCUCGGGCCUCUUCCCUUUGCUCCCUCACGCCGCCAUAUCCGUCAGGCCAGCGCUUUUGUCCCUCUACGAAACCCACUUUGUCCCUCUUGGGCCCCGUCUUCUGCCCGCCCUGCCAGGGCUGCUCUGUGGCCUCCUGCCUGCCCUGGAAGAGGGCUCCGAUCAUUUUGCACGCACCUCAGGUCUGCUAGACCUUGUGUGCGAUGCGGUUGGCAAAGACCCCUUUUACGCAUGCCUCUGGGAUGUCCUUGCCUCCCACUCAUCAGUUAGACUGCCAGCUGUGAGCUUUGUCUUGGGGAGGUUUGAUCGACGCAAGCCCUUUGAGGAGCAGAGCCACCUGAUUGGUCCUUCCGAAUCUCUCUGCCUGGCCCUCCAGGACUCGAGUGUCUUGGUUCAAAGGGCAGUUCUCGACCUCCUCCUACUCGCGCUUCCUCUGGACAGGGUUCCUAAAGAAGAGGCUGCUGCUCUUGUUACUGCAGCCUUGGCUGCUCUCCUUCGAAGGGAUGCCAGCCUCAACAGACGCCUUUUUGCGUGGCUCUUAGCAGCUGAUUUUGAGAAGCACCUUUUGGCCGCGGUAACCGCUGCCUUGGCCGCUAAUGAUGAAGAUUUUCUCAGGCCCUUUCGACUUUUGGUGUCUCUACUGGACCGGCCAGAGUUAGGAGGGAAAAUUGUUGACCAAGCACUGCCUGACAUCCUGAGGAGACUGUAUGGCCAUAGUGAUAGUCCUGAUAAGCUUAAAGCCGCAAGUUUGGUCUUUGGAGCCCUUGAGCCCGACCAUGUCUGGCGUCUGGCCGGAGCCCUGUUUGAAGCAGCUGUUGAAAAUCCUUCAGAGUCUUCAGAGACCGUCAAGAGCGUUGGUUCUGGCUCCCCAGAUGUGCAAGAAGCUUGCGCCCUGACCCUAUUUCUCCUCCGGACAGUCGCGUUGGACGCCUAUGCUGACACGCCAACACAGCACCUGCCUAGCCUCUUUCUCAGGGUGUUGGCUGCCCUGUCGAAACACUGCGAGCAGCUUCAACCUGCAGACCUGGCUGCUGGUCUGCGACUCUGCAGAGAGGUUCUGGAACGCGUCCAGCCUGGCGGAAUUGGACGGACCAACGACGCUGACGAGCAAACCAGCGAAGUCAGCGUUGGGUCAGAAGUGCGUGAGACGGACGCUGCCCCUGACCUGACUUCAGCCGCAUCUGAAGAGUUGGACGACGAUGACUCAACUUUGGUCGAACUCAGCGAUUCCUUGGAGGCUGAGGCGCUGUUGGCCUCUAAUACAACCACAGAAACAACCGCCAGUGUGGCUCCCCUGAUCAUUUUUAACCACGAAGAGAACGCCUCGGAAUCCACAUCACUGCCCGUCUUUACAGAAACCGAGGAGACCACAAGACAGCACACGUGGCCUGAGGAAGUCACUCAUGAGGUCAAACAACCGGCGCCAUUGAUAGCCGAGUGCUUGGCACACUUCCAAGAAUUUUUCGUCAGACUUGUUUCCAAACGCGUCGUGACUGAAAGUACAGACGUGACUUCUGCCUUUCAACACUUGCUCAACGAAGACGCUUAUGGGCCUCACGACUUAGAGGCCCGCUUGCAAGAGUGCCUUGGACAAUCCGCCUCGGCAGCAAGGUUUCUUCGGCCUGGCCGUGCGACAAUAAACUCGCCCCUUGCGUCUGCCAGGGAUAAGUGGCCUGAAGAGGCUUUUGCCGAAGCGUGCAGGCUACUUGUCGAGUUGUCUUCAUUUCCAACUCUAGGCACGCAACCCCAGGAAAUGCCAGUCACACCUGAGCGUCCACCCUCGUGGCUCCAAACUCUUCUCGUCCUCACAGCAGGGCUGCCGAAACCACAGCGUUUACGUUUAUUAGCGGCGUCUACACUUCUGGAUUUGCUGGCCCUUUUGCAAGCUGUUCCAACAAAUCAGGAAACAAGUGCAGGCACAGUUGCUGUUGUGAUUCGACCCCCUCUGACCCCCCAGCAGAUUGAAUUUGUAGCAAAGCGGACAACUGUAUUCCCGACUGCGACCAAACUCCUUUGGGAGGACCUAGGAGCAUCUAGUCCAGCCGACCACCUGCAGUGUGCCACCCUCCUGCUGCGUCUGCACAAUGCCUUGCCAGAUUGUGACCUGGUCGAGGACGUUCUGACGUCAGCCCUCACAGCAGAGCAUGACUCACAAGAGGCUGCUGAGGCCUUUGAGCGAUUUUCCACCCUUUGGCACCUGAGUCGAGAACCCUCUGACACACCCAACAUCAGAUGUCUAGACAGGUGCCUCUUCAAAAUGCUGGACAAUUUGAAGCGAUCACCUGGUGCUCUGCGUCUGCAAGCACAAGCAUGGCUGCAGCAAGCCCUCCUUAGGGGAGACACUGGUCGUCUCCUGGAACCUUUGCUUAUGGUCCUUUUGGCUCCGGGAAGUGCCAGACUUGGACUUCGACACGCAAACAUUUCCCAUUCGUCAACAGUUUUGGGUAGACAGCAUUCUGCAGCAAAAAUUUUAGCCGUCACUUCUCAAGAUGGGCACGUGGUCUACCACGUUUCUGACAGGUCAAAUCCUGUUGAAGCGAGGCGACUUUAUGCCGUUUCAAGACUAAUCAGUUCUGAGGACGGACACUGCAUCACUGAAGGCAAUAUAAUGCGUGCUGCUGAAAAGCCCCUGGAAGUUUCAGUUACUGUAAAUCCAAUGCCAGAUGGUGAUGAAGUAGAGGGUGUUCUGCAGGACAUCAUUACAGCUGUAGAGGCGCAAGACCCACCUGCUCCUAGUUGUGCCAUUCAUCCUCUACACUCGCACUUUCUCCUGUACUGCCAAGUUUACGAUGCUCGAAGGGUACUUUAUGCCAUUGAUGCUGUCAGGGGUCUUCUUUUAGCAGCCCCUCGUUCUUUUUUGUCUUCAACUGCUUCCACCGGGUUGGCCUUGGCUUCUGGAAGAGGACCAGCUCUUGUCACUCUUUUAGCCCGACACGCACAAGCAGCAAACAGUGGCCUGAGUUUUUCAGGUGAGCUGGCUCCUGAAUGGAUGGCAUCUGCAAGGAGCAGCAUGUUCCUUGAAGCCGUUGUUUCUUCUCUGCUUUGGUACACAAGGAGUUUUUAUCCUAAUUUGGGCCAAGCACGACUUACUGAAACUGAACUGACAGUAAACAGACAAGUGCAACUAGCAGCUGCUGAGUUACUAACCCUGAUCCUCACGGAACUGGCCUCCCUGGCUAGAGACGGUGGUCGAGGUCUGGGGCAGUAUCUUGGUGACCUUUUGCAGCGUUGCCGCCUCCCACAAACAGUCCUGUCACUCCUGCUUGCUUCUGUCCACCGUCCAAAACAGGAGGCUUUCACAGAAGAAAUUCUCAUUUUUAAUCUGAGUGGUGGAUCUGCUGUGUGCCUUCAGCGACCUCCUGCUCACGAAGAGGCCUCGCAAGGUCAACUUCUUCGCCUAGUCCUGGCCUUGGUGGUACUCGAAGAGCAGGCGGCCAAAAGGGCAGCAACCUCUUCGGCCGAAGGUGCUACUGCUCCAGCAGGUCAUCGCUUGACCUACGUCCCUGGCCUUCCAGUUCCUCAGCAACCAAAGUUUGUGGCCGCUGUGAGUGCUGCCCUGAAGGCUGAGCACAGUGGCCACUUGCACCAAAGCUGGACGUCCAUGUUGACGUCCGCUCUUCCGUACAUGGGGCCCGCGCUGCCACAUGUGGUGCUGAACGCAGCCAGUCUUGUUUGCACCAACUUGGAAAGGGUUGCUGGCUUUUACGGCGAACUGGGGCCAGAACACUGCUGUUUGCCUGCCCAGUAUGUGACCACUCAACUUGAAGCUCUGUCUGCACUGCUGCACUUCUGCCUUUUGGACUCAGCAGCAGUUGCUUUCCAGGAGGCACCAAAAGGAGAAUCUUUAGCUGAAGCUCGUAGAUCUGUUCUGGCCAACAUGCACCGCUUUGUAGCCUGCGCCGUCCGUCUUUGGGCAGCUGUUGCAAACGUUUCUGACGGACAUGUUCUUGGAUCUCCCCGUUCAAUUCGUCAGCAGGUAGCCCACUUUUUGGGCCCAGUUGCUCUUCACCAUAGCAACGCUUUUGUCGCCGCAAUAGCCGCAGUUGCAGCUUCCAGCGGCCAGGGUCAGGAAGAAUUAGUUGAUCUCGUCUCCAGCAUCAGAGUUUUUCUUCUUGAUCGACUUGUCGCCACCGCUGCCGCGGUUCUCAAACAACCCCCUCAACUUGGUCAAUCGAUUGAAGUCAGUCUGCUGCAGUUCCUUGACUGCUACCUCCAGAAAGCUGCAACGGCGUCUCAAUUGGCUGACAGCUGGUCUAGUCUUCUGUCUCUACUCAGAGAUUGCGCCAGUUUGGCGCCACCGACGCCAUUCAUGGCUCUCGAUUUGCUUGGCAGCCUUCUUCAGCGAGUAUCUUUGGACAAGAAGGAAGCUAAACCUGUGCAAGACACUGUUGCUAAGUUAGUGGAAACAUGCUCGGGAUUGGCGGCUGCUGGAUUAGAACAGACCACCUGGUUGCGACGGAAUUUGGCAGUCCGUGCAGAAGAGGAGAACUUGGAUCACAGUGUGGCCGCUCUCACUGCCUUGGCUUCAACCCUGGCUCCCUUAUUGGACGUGGCCUUUGGAAGUCAGGACAAAGACCGCGCCGCAACCUUACUGGGUGGUGUACUGGCUCACGUCUUCCCAUACCUUCGCAACCACAGCGUCCGGAACGUGGCUGCCUUCAGAGCUUGUUCGCAGUUAUUGGCCGCCGUUGCCGUUUAUCAAUACACUCGACGGGCUUGGAGACGUGAAGCUCUUGAAUUGUUACUUGACCCUGCCUUCUUCCAGUUUGAACCAAAGUGCAUGGCUUCUUGGCGCACUAUCGUUGACAGUUUGAUGGAUGCGGCUACUUUUAGAGAGCUGCUUGCUCGAGUCGGAGUAACCCAGGGUGGACUCUUCACAACCCGAGAGCAAGAAUGGGAGCAAAGGGCUCAGUUGUUGAAACGUUUAGCAUUUGUACUGCUCUGCGGAGAGCGUGAUCAGUACCACCGACAAAUGCCAGACAUUCAAGAACGUCUUUCUGACUGUCUUCGACUUCCUCAAGCUGGUCCGACUUUGCACGCCCAGGUCUUUCUCUGCUUUAGAGUUUUACUGCUUCGCAUGUCGGCCCACCACGUCACCUCGUUGUGGCCAGUGGUCAUAUCAGAACUUGUCCAGGCCAUGAUGCACAUGGAACACCAAUUAGCUGGCGACCGGGACAACUGUCUCAACAACUCACAACUUCGCCUUUUGUCGGGACUGGAUGCUGCUUGGGCACUUGACGAAGGUCUUUCUCCGUCCUCGGGCCAUCCUGCGUGGCUAUCCCUCCAGCUUGCAGCGUGCAAACUGCUUGACCUCAUGUUGACGGUGCCUGCUUCAAUGCUUCCCCAAUUCACAAUGUACCGUUGGGCUUUUGUGGCUGAUUACGACGAGAGUCUUCUUAGCCCUGGUCAGCAAGGGCCUGAUUUUGUGCCCCACGUUGUAAGGCUGUCACGACUCUUGGACAGUCACGUCCCAGGAUCAAUGCCUCCGAUGGAUGCGUCAGCAGGAGAACCACUGCUUCGUCAAGCAUCAAUCCAGUCUCUCCACCAGCUGCAAGGAUUCUUCUCGGCUCUUGCUUCAGGUCGAAGGGCUUCCAUUGAAGCCAACGAUUGGAAUCCUGUUUUGCUAGAAGAGGCUCUAGAAAUUGACUUCUUAGAACCGCUGCCUGCGAAGUGAGACUCUGAUUUUACAUAACCAUAAUUGUGAUCCUCAAAAUUGACUGUGAGAUGAUUUUACUAUAAAAAUGAGUGGAUGCAAGUAUUGAAUUUUGGAAGAACAUAAAUUAAUUUGGGUCUGGUUUCCACCAAUUUCUGUGAGAAUUGGUUCACUUUUUCUAUGACCAACCAGUAAACUUGAUUUUAAAUUUAUAACAAAACAGUAAUUUGCAAGUGAAUAAGUGAUAUAAAAUUUUCCAUUGACGAUCAAUUUAAGGUAAAUUAGCUUGUUUGCGUUUUUAUUAGAUCUGGCAAUAUUUUAAAUUCAGCACAAAAUCCUAGAGGAUUAUUUUAUUUCCAAAUAUUGUACGUAUUGAUUAUCCAGCUUUCAGAAACCCAAGCUUUUUAGCAUAGGGGCUCUGCUUCAGUCGCUUCCAGUCAUUAAAUAUGAAAGUAGUCUAAUGUGGAUUUCUGUCUGAAUAUAUUUAUGAAGUCAUUGCAAUCAGAAACGCAGAUCUCCCGUGUUAUUUGUUAUCUGUAUAUUAACUGGAAAGAUGAAACGUAUCAUUAUUUUUAAUCACAAAACGUAAAUAGUUCAAAUACACAAAAUAAACAGUUUUAGCUGAGAAAAAGAAAA